AUGGGGGGAAAAGCUGAUGACAGACCCAGCACGUCCUACAAUACUGACGUGGAACAGCUGUCAGGGACAAUCCCAGCAGACACCCCCAUCCUUGUGACUGGACUGGAAAGCUUCACCUUCCAUAAAAUCCUUGGAGAGGGUGGUUAUGGUAAAGUCAUGCUGGCCACACAUCCCGCCUGCCAACAACAACUGGCAGUGAAGCUGGUGAAGAAGAUGGUCCUGCUUCAGGACUUUAAAGACAAUGUCCUGAUUGAGCGACAGGUCCUGGAGGUGACUGGGAAGAGUCCAUUGUUUGCCCAUGCUUAUGCCACCUUCCAGACCAAGGACUAUGCCUUCUUCAUCAUGGAGUUUCUUAGCGGAGGAGACCUAAGUGGUCUCAUGAGAGCCAACGCCCCAUUCACCGUUCCAGUCACUAGAUUUAUGGCAGCUGAGAUCAUCUGUGGGCUGCAGUUUCUCCACACCAGAGGCAUCAUACACAGGGACAUAAAACCAGCCAAUAUCUUAAUGGACAGCGCCGGUCACUUGAAGAUCGCCGAUUUUGGUCUUGCCGUGAUGAACAUCUUUGGGGAUAAGAAGAUCUCAGAAUAUGCCGGAACUCUUAAAUACAUGGCUCCUGAGAUUCUUCUACGGAAGCCCUACAACACGGCAGUGGACUGGUUCUCAGCUGCUGUGAUGAUAUAUGAGAUGGCUACUGGCAAAUAUCCAUUCUAUGCCGGUAUACUUCCUGGAACUAUCGAAAAGUCACUGAUCAAUGAUGUUCCCACCUACCCAAAAGGACUCAAUCCCCAAGCCAGAGACCUUAUAGUGGGGCUCUUGAACAAGUCACCAGAGAGUCGCCAGGUAGUUGUAGAUAACAUCAGGAAACAUCCGUUUUUCAUGGAAAUCAACUGGACAGAUAUAGAGGGAGCAGGAGCUCGUCCACCAUUCCAACUAGGACCAGUAAGUAAAUGA